ACCGGAAGUGCUCUUCACCGCCGGCCUCCCACCCGGCUCUCUGGUCUGGGCGGUAAGAUGGCGGCUACCGCGGAGUGCGAUGUGGUAAUGGCGGCGACCGAGCCAGAGCUGCCCGACGAAGAAGGAGCGAAGAGGGAAGCAGAGUCUUUCAAGGAACAAGGAAAUGCAUACUAUGCCAAGAAAGAUUACAAUGAAGCUUAUAACUAUUAUACAAAAGCCAUAGAUAUGUGUCCUAAAAAUGCUAGCUAUUAUGGGAAUCGAGCAGCCACCUUGAUGAUGCUUGGAAGGUUCCGGGAAGCUCUUGGAGAUGCACAGCAGUCAGUGAGGUUGGAUGACAGUUUCGUCCGGGGACAUCUACGAGAAGGCAAAUGCCACCUAUCUUUAGGGAAUGCCAUGGCAGCCUGUCGCAGUUUCCAGAGAGCCCUAGAAUUGGAUCACAAAAAUGCUCAGGCACAACAGGAGUUCAAGAAUGCUAACGCAGUCAUAGAAUAUGAGAAAAUAGCAGAAACGGAUUUUGAGAAGCGGGAUUUUCGGAAGGUGGUUUUCUGCAUGGAUCGUGCACUAGAAUUUGCCCCUGCUUGCCAUCGCUUCAAAAUCCUCAAAGCAGAAUGUUUAGCAAUGCUGGGUCGUUAUCCAGAAGCACAGUCUGUGGCUAGUGACAUUUUACGAAUGGACUCCACCAAUGCGGAUGCUCUGUAUGUACGAGGUCUUUGCCUUUAUUAUGAAGAUUGUAUUGAGAAGGCGGUUCAGUUUUUUGUACAGGCUCUCAGGAUGGCUCCUGACCAUGAGAAGGCCUGUGUUGCUUGCAGAAAUGCCAAAGCACUGAAAGCAAAGAAAGAAGAUGGAAAUAAAGCCUUUAAAGAAGGAAAUUACAAGCUAGCAUAUGAACUGUACACAGAAGCCCUGGGGAUAGACCCCAACAAUAUAAAAACAAAUGCUAAACUCUACUGUAAUCGGGGUACGGUUAAUUCCAAGCUUAGGAAACUAGAUGAUGCAAUAGAAGACUGCACAAGUGCAGUGAAGCUCGAUGACACUUACAUAAAAGCCUACUUGAGAAGAGCUCAGUGUUACAUGGACACAGAACAGUAUGAAGAAGCAGUGCGGGACUAUGAAAAAGUGUAUCAGACGGAGAAAACAAAAGAACACAAACAACUCCUUAAAAAUGCACAGAUGGAACUAAAGAAGAGUAAGAGGAAAGAUUACUACAAGAUUCUGGGAGUGGACAAGAAUGCCUCUGAGGAUGAGAUCAAGAAAGCUUAUCGGAAACGGGCCUUGAUGCACCAUCCAGAUCGGCACAGUGGAGCCAGUGCCGAAGUUCAGAAGGAGGAGGAGAAAAAGUUCAAGGAAGUUGGAGAAGCUUUUACCAUCCUCUCUGAUCCCAAGAAAAAGACUCGCUAUGACAGUGGACAGGACCUGGAUGAGGAGGGCAUGAAUAUGGGUGAUUUUGAUGCAAACAAUAUCUUCAAGGCAUUCUUCGGUGGGCCUGGGGGCUUCAGCUUUGAAGCAUCUGGUCCUGGGAAUUUCUUUUUUCAAUUUGGCUAAUGAAAGGAAACCAUCCAGAAUCCAGAAAAUGCCGACUUGCUCAGUUUAACCUUGAAUGUGGACACAAUUCACCUCCUCCCUUCAUCAUGUCUCCAUGUACUUAGAGCAGUUUCGUUUUCUCAGUUGGAUGCCCUGUGUCUGUGAGUGGGGUGAAGGAAAGGGAGCCAGCACUGAAGACUGCGGGGAGGGGAGGGAGGCGGGGGGUAGACAGGGAGGCAGCUUGUGAAUUUUUGUUUUACUGUUUAACUUUAUUAAAAAAAGAGAGAAUAAAAUGUUUUGAUCCUUUCUGGCACUUUGCUCUG